CGAAAUAAGACAGGACACAAGAGUCUCGCGCAUGUUCCGUGUCCGCCCCCCAUUUGGACCUCUCUCCCAUCGGAGAACGAAGGUACCUGCCGACACCUUUCGCGCUCUUCUCUGUUUGAUCUUUGCCAUAGCGAAGUGUUUGGCGUUUGCUGAUCUUUCGAACAUCCCCUGUCUAGUGUAGUGAGUGUGGCGGCAUCAUAUCUUUCGGUUCUGAAGAGAUUAUCGCCCUCCCUGCGUUCUUUUCUGUUUGCUGCCAUCUUGGCAGAUGCUAAAACUUCGGGCCCGCGAAACCCAAGGCCACUUUGAGGUUAUGCACGCGCCCGCCCUGUUUGAUGAAAUGCCUGAGACAUCUGGGCCGCUGGAAAAGUUUAUAUUCUUCUUUGUAUUCUUUCCUUGAGUGAAUACGAGUUUGCUGAAGUUGGACCACAGAGCAACUAGCCAUGGAUGUUGAUUCAAAGCCUAUGAUGGAGGAGACAAUAUUAGUCGGUGAUGACUUGAUGAUGGGACCUCCUUCACCCCUUAUCCCACCAGAAAUUGCCUCUCACGUGCUUGAAGGUGUUGAAUUGUGUGAUGGCAUUCUGAGAAAUCUGUUUCUAUGCUUGCAAUUAAAUGAUAUUGAGCCAUUUUGCCAAGAUGAGAUUGCUUUGUAUCGAGAAUGCGCAGACAAGAGGGACAAGGAAUUGAGACAAAGGCUUCAAGAUAGUGAGCACAAAUUGGGGUUCUCGAUGCCAAUAGACAUGGCCAAAGAAAGAGCUGAUCAGCUUCAAUCAGAAGUCACAUCUUUAGAGAGGCGUCUAAUUCUUGCUAGUGGAGUCGAAGGCAUGGAAGGAUUUCGCCAGAGAUGGAGUCUGCAUGGUCGCCUUACUGAUACCAAGCGAAGAUUGGAGUCUCUAAAGCAGGGGAUUGAUAAUAGAAAGAAGGACGAGCCUGUUGAAAGAGCACCAUCCAAGAGAUGGUUUUUUUGGUGAAGAUCAAUGAUACGUUUUGCACAGAAUUGCCACUGGAUGGCACUGGAUAUAGCCCUUGCUCCAGUAGCUAGGAGAGACUCUCUUGAAGGCCCCUUUCAAUUUCAAGAUAAAUGGGGUUGUGGACAUUUUGGUGAUAUGCUAGUGAUAUUGUGAGCCAUCUAGUGUCUGUUCUUAAUGAUCUGCUAUUUUAGCAGAUACGGAACCAGACAGACGUGAACCGUAAUGUAGAAGGUGUAGAUGGUUUGAAAUAGAGGACUUGGAUGAAUAUCUUGUGAGCCUACAAGUGACUUUACAUCAUUGUGCUAAUUUCAUGUAUACACCCGGGGCAACCAAAUUAAUAACCUCCUUGUGCACAUCUGAGAAAUGUUCCUCCUGAAGGAUGACAAGUUGCCCUUGGUCGACCA